UAAUGUGAAAUUGUUGAUGUUUCCAGUCGCCAUUUAUCUAAAUCUAAUGUUCAUGAUAUCAUUCAAAUAAACAACACUGGAUACGAAAAUACUCGAAACGUGUUACGGUUGCUAGGUGAUUUGUUGAAAAAGGAAGAGUGCCGCAUUCGCGUUGACCGACUUGUUAACAGUAUAGUUUGAUUCGUUCCCGUUCAAAUUUUGAACAAGCUCGAUUUUAAUAAUUCAUUUUGAAAAUUGGUGCAGCGACAAAUUGAAAACGAAAAACAAAAAAACCAAAAACAAAAGGGAAGAAGACGUGCCGUGACAGAAACAACGAUACUAUCACAAUGGGUUGCAAUACAAGCCAAGAGCAAAAAAGUGCGGUGACCGAUAACAAUGGUGACAUCGAUGCCACCAAUGAAACGACGAAUAAAAGCGCACGAAAUUCGGCGAAAAGCGAGAAGGCAAAAAGCGCGAAAAGUGAAAAACUAACAAACGGACACGAUAACAACAAAUCCAGCGCCAAACAUGAUGAAGACAAAGCAGCAACAAGAAUUCAAGCACUAUAUCGUGGUCAUAAAGUUCGAGCAAGCAUGAAGCAAGGCGAUUCAUCCGCAAACAGCAACAAUACAAAGAGCGCAACAUCAGCAACUGCCGAAAGUGACGCAAGCAAUGAACCGACACAAGAAGAAUUAAAAGCCGAGUUUCGGGAAGACGAUAAAGAAUUGUGCGAUGCAGCAGUUCGUAUACAGGCUGCAUUCCGUGGACACUUAGCUCGCAAGACCGGUGGUGACGACAAAGAUCUACAGGAAAUCACCAAAAAAGUAGCCGAGGAAUUAGAUAUCGACUUAAAUGACCCGGAAUUGAACAAGGCAGCGACUAAAAUACAAGCUUCGUUCCGUGGUCACAAAGUUCGCAAAGAUACCACCGCUUAAAUGCUUUAACACAGCACCACCAACAACAACAACAACAACAACAACCAAAAAAAAACUCGGCUUGUAUUAGAGCAUAUUCAACGGUGUGUAUUCUAGAAUAUACCCAUUCUUGCGAAAGAAAGAGAGAGAAAAACAAACAAAACACUCACAUCAACUUUUCCGCAAAUUUAAAUCACAACAACAGAAAAAGACAGAAAAAAAUAAAAGAAAACAAUUUAAAACAACAACAACAACCAACCAACAACACAAAUUUUUAAAAUGCUGCACGACAAAUUGCACCUCUUUACUUUAUGUAGUUCUUUUCUAAUUAAUGAAUUAAUGUCUAGAAUGUUCGUAUCAAUUAAAUUUUUGCUUGUUUUUUCAUUUUUAUUUUACAACUGGAAGAGAACACACUCACACACUCACAAACAGAGCAAAACAAAGAGAAAAUUCUCAACUUAAACAAAUUGUCAGAACUAACACACAAAAAAUGAUGAUGAUGAUGAUCAAGUUGUAUACAGUGUCUAUCUAUUUUUAAUACCAUUUUUCUUCAAACACAUAGAAUCGACACACAUACUGACAAAAACGCCAUCCGAAAAAUAUUUUUUCAUAUUAAAAAAUGGAACUGUUCUUUGACUCACAACUGACACAUUUUAACAAACUUAAUGAAAAGCUUUUGCCGUUAUAUUACAAUGACCCAAUGGAAUUGCAGACGAAAGCGGGUAGUGUGUGUGUGUGUGUGUGUGUAUGUUGUGGACACAAUUCAAACGAAAUGGAUUUGAACACAUUGCCAUCAAUUGUGAUCACACGGCAUAUUUCGGUCACUAUUAAAUUUCGUUAGUCAAUCAGUUGUUAAUUGAACGUCAUUAGUCUCGAUUUAACUGGAAAAUGCUUAUUUGGUCCUAAAAAAAGCAACAACAAAUUUAUCCAAUUUAUACAUUAAAUCUAAAAUUACAGGCUAAUGACGUGUGCAUUUGUUGCGAUACAUGUUCAUAUGCCGAUGAUUUCAUGUGAAUUUACCAAAUCAAGCCAAUUUGAUCGAGACAAAACUCGUGAACGAAAUACCAUUUUCAACGAAAUUCACAGUCGUGUUUCGCCGCAAUGCCAACAUUCAUUUCGAACAGAAGUAACCAUUUUGAGCCAUUCAUUCCAGUCAAUUUCAGUUUCCAGUUACUGGAAUUUAUUUCAGUGUGACAAUAAUUCAUAGUGGCGAAGCGUUACGACUACGCGUACCACUACGAACCACUACGUUUAGGGAAUUAGUGAACGUAGUACUACGCGUACUCGUAACGCUUCGCCACUAGGCAAUAAUUGGCAAAGUAAUUGUUUUUGAGAAUUUCAAAUUGAUUUUUCUCGUCGAAAAUUCCAAGUAGAUUUUAUUGAUUGUAUUGUAUUCAUUAGGCAUCGUAAUCAGUCAAUUAUUGAUUGAAGUCUUUUCUUCUUCUGUUUGUUUUCUGGUGGAUUUUACCAGAAUUUCGCCAUAUUUCAAGAUUUCAAGGCCAUUCAACAACAACAACAAUCAAAUAAUCAAAUGAUUUAUUAUUUUAACACACCGAAAUUCCAUUAUUUUCAUCGUAAGAAGUACGUGUUUAUUUUGGCAAGCUGCGCAAAUAUACCAACGUAAAUAUUCUCAUGGCCACAAUGGGGACUAUCACACAAUUCAAUUCACGAGAACGAACAACAACAACACAAAUUAAACCAUUCACAAUUAUUGCAUUUUAUAGAGAGAGAAAGAGAGAGGGAGAUGUAUAAAUUGAUUUUGCCAUCGUCGCUGUCGCUGUCGUCGCCACACUGCAAUGGGUUCAUUUGUGAAUAAUAAAAAGAAAAAUUGAAAAGUGCAGAAAGAGAGCUUAACUGGAGUGCAUUCCUGACCCUUAGCCACUUAUUUUCUCUGGCCAAUCGUCAAUUCAUUACCAAAACCAAUUGUAAUAACCAUCCAUUUAUGAGUUGCUAUUUUACGAUAGGGAUACAACAGCAACAACAACCGAACAACAAAAGUGUCUUGAUUUUAUAUCCUUGAUAUAUUGAUUCGAUAUUUGUACUGAAUGAAUCAUUGAAUCAUUGACAUUUUGUUUUUUUUUUCUUCGUCUUCUUCCGCUUCGAUACGACAAACAAAUCAAAGCGAACAAGAGAAAAGCAGAAAGAGAGAGAGAGAGAGAGAGAGAGAGAGAGAGAGAGGAGAGCGAAGACAAAAAGAUAGAACAACUAAAAUAAUAUCGUGAAGCAAUGACUCUUUUCAUAAGACAUAUUUUUAUUAGUCGUAAAUGUACUUUUCGCAAUUUCCAUCAUAAACCAUGAACUAUUCGAAGUUUUGUUGAGUCGUUUUUUCCACGCUUAUUUCCCGAAAUAAAAGAGAGUAAAACCGAUGAAUUGCUAAACAUGUAAAACAUGUUCUUGGUUAUUCAAAGCACAGCGGUUGCUGAAAUCAACACGCGUUACCACUGCAAGAUCGUAUGAGAUGAGCACGAGUUCUAGACUAUAAAAUGUCAUUCGGUCGAGCGACCAGAAGCGUGUAAUGUGUGUGUGUGUGUGUGUGUGUGUGUGUGUUUGUGCGUGUGAGCGAUAGAGUGAGAUCAGAACAUAAUCUGGGCCAAUCUGGCUAUGUGGUAAAAAAUGAUACAUACAUAUAUACCGCUUAAGUUUCCGCUGCGUGUCUUUUCAUACACCACUUUUGCUAACAACCAACUUGGUUCACACAGUACUCGCUUAGCACGUGACGCAACGAAAAAAGGACACAUUCUCUCUGUCUCUCACAUUCACUCACUUAACACAUGCGUCUCUCUCUCUCGCUCCUCAUCUCUUGCUCUCUCUCUCUCUCUUUUGCCAAUGUGUGCUGGUGUGUGUGUGCCGGAAAAACAAACAUGGAAUUCUAUUUUUUUCAGUCGAUCCUCAAAAAGCUUUGACCGCAUUGAAUUGUUGCUUAGAAGCAAAAUACGCGCUAAACCUAUAUCUCCUGAUCUAAAUACAAAAGCACUUCAAACAUAUACACAAACAAACAAACAAAAACACAGAGAGAGAGAUUCGAAAUGAGCAUGGAAUUGGCAUACGUUCAAGUAAUAAUAAUAAUAAUAAUAAUAAAUUUCUUUUGCGACAACAAAUAAAUAUGAAAAAAAAUGCUUUUUACAUUUACGUUUUGUGUCUUUUUGUUUUGGGUUUUUCAGUUGUUGUUUUUUUUGCGUUCACAUUUGUUUUUUCUCCAUAGAUUAGAUUUUAAGCUGGACUUGUAGUGUGAUUAUUAAACUGUAGAGAUUGGCAAAUCAUAUUCACGCUAACAGCAACAACAACAACAAAAAUAAAAACCGCAUGGGUUAUAUCUUAUGUGUCGACACAAUCUAAACAAACAAACAAAAAACGAGAGAAAAAUCCCAGUGUCAACAUAUAAUAUAUUGAUGAAGAUAACCCUCCCUCCACUAAAAUUCUCUUAUAUAUCUAAAUAUAUAUAUGAAAAUACUUUUUUUUUGUUGAUUGGUGAGUGUGUGUGCAUGUGUAUGCGCGCCGAAAGAUAAUAAUGAUUUACCAUUAACGUGUGUUUAAAAAGUUUUAGAGCAGCGGCGGUAGCAGCAGCAGCAGCAACAGCAGUUAAGUCUCCUUAUGUGUAAAAUCAUUUGGAAACAAUGUUUAGAUUUUUAGUGAUUAGCUGAACAAACAGAGAGGAAACCAAACUAAACCACAAAAAAAAGCUACAACAAACAAACCAUACACACACAAACCAGGGAAAUUUAAUUUUCAAUUCAAACAAAAUUCGUUUCUUUUGUCAUUCAAAACCCAUCCCUUCGUCCUCUGUAUUCAAUCAACUUGGAAAUUAUCGAUUGCGAGGCUUUCGGCGAUUUUUUAGCUUUGACAUUUCAAAGCGAAACGAACACAAAAUCAUGUUCACCAUGACCAAACCGUGGAAAUGGACACUUCAAAUGGGAUAACCGUGUUGAACGAAUGAAUUUUCCGAGAAAUAAAAAAAACACAACAACCACAAAUUAAACACAACAAGCAUGCGACAACAAACACAAUAAGAUAGAAAAAAAAAUAAACAAACACCGUGCAGAUGACAUAUAUCAGUCAUCGGCAUGAAAAAAAUACCAUUCUUACAAAACAAACAUUUCAAAUUGGUGAAAAAAGAAGUGAAGAGAAAGAGAAAAAAAAAUACGUGAAGAAAAUAGCGUCAAUUUUCUACGUCUAAUUCAACUCAAGACUGUUUAUUUUUCUUUUUCUUUUCCUUUUUACUUCUACUUCUUCUUCUUCUACCUUUUAAACAAUUUCAGUUCCAGAAUUUAUUCAAAUUUGUUAUGUAUAUACUGCCUACUCCUCCUAUCGUUUCUAACGCAAAAAAAAACUCGUCCAUGCUCGGCAUAUCGCAGUUUUCCUCCCGUCGCAAUGACAACAAUUAAGUCAAUUCAAAACGUAUAACUUACCCAAAACCAAAAGCUUCGCAAUCAUCACCGGUACCGGUAGCCAGCAAAGAUAAAAAAAACCCAUGAAAAGAUUUAAAAUCCAAGCAAAUAAGACACAAAAAAAAAUCUCUAAUUUUCAAAUUUUAAAUGAAAUAGAAUGAAUGCUUUUAAAAGAAAAUAAACUUAAAUUUAGAGCCCAAAUUCAGAAUAUUAUUAAAAUUUGAUGAUUUAUGUAAAAACAAAAAAAAUAGUGAUAAAGAUAAAGAAAAAUGGAACGAUUUAAAGAGAAAAAACUACCAAAUAAAUUAAUCAGAAAAUUGUAACAUCCUCACUGUCAA